GUUCGCGUUGGUGGAGCCAGGUUGGCCUCGCGAUGGUCGCUCUAGAAAUAUCAAAUUUGGGCUGAAUAGGAGUUGUUGCAGGUGUGACGGUAUUCCAAAAGCAGAAUGUCGUCGUCCUCCUCCCUCACCGGGGGAAAGUACACGCGCGAUCUGAAGCUGCGCGUGCUCGAACACUACUUCCGGAGCGGCGGGGAUGUGUUCGGGAACAAACAGGCCACCGCCAAAAAGUUCGGCGUCGACUCGAAGACCAUCAACCGGUUCCUGAAGAUCCCGGAGCUGGUGCGAGUGGCGCGCAAAAACGCAAAGUCCAGCAAGGCAGCCAGAUCCAACGAUGGCUUCAAGGAGCCGCCGGCGCCGGGACCGAGCGGUGCCGGCCGCACGCGGCCCCCGCAGCGCCAGUCGGUCCGCAUCACGCUGCCCUCUCAGCCAGACGAGUCCAUCGUCUGUCAGAACGCCGACAGCCACUCGUCCAGCAUCGUCAAACUGCUGAAAAUCUUCGAGCUCGGCACACAGGAGAUCCGUGACCUGCUGGCGGCCGAGUGUGACCUGAUCUACGAGUGCCGCGCGUGCCGGGCGCUGUUCCGCAGCGUGGCCAACCUGCUGGCGCACAAGCGGCGCUAUUGCACGCGGCCGGCGGUGGACACACGUCAGGUGUUCGGCUCCGGUCCGGGCCAGUCGCUGGCGGCGCCCUCGGACGGGGUGGUCGUGCUGCCGCUGCCCGCCGCCAUCGACCGGCUGCCGGAGGUGCGCCAGGCGGCGGCGGCAGAGGCGCGCGCGGCCGCCGCCCAGCCGGUGCCGCCGGUGCGCCUGGAGCCGCUGCCGGGCAGCGCGGCCGCCGUGGUGCAGACGGUCGGCGAGCCGGAGCGCAGUGUGGGCGAGCGGCUGGACGAGGUGCGACGGAUGGAGGCGGCCGCGCAGAGGACCGUCCGACUCGGCAGGGAUGGCAGAGUGGUGGAGUCGGACGGAGAGGAAGAGGAGGAGGCAGAGGAUACGGAGGAGGCAGAGCAGGCCGAGGGGGAGGACGGGAGACACGUCUGUCAGCACUGUAACACGACGUUCGCCACCCGCAAGACACUGUCCCACCACAUGCGGUCGCUGCACGCGUCGACCCGCAUCUACUACCCGUGCUGCCUGUGUUCAGCGGCGUUCAUCAACAUGUUCAGCGUGGAGCGGCACCUCCAGAAAGUGCACAAGAAGAAGCAGGAGGAGGUGGAGGUGCUGAAGGAGGGCAUCAAGCAGAAGUCCUUCCACCGCAACGUGGCCGACGCCCAGGCGGACGGCGCCGCCACCAGCACCAACAUGCCCGUGAAGGUGACGUCGUUCGAGUGGAAGUGCCGCCAGUGCAGCCGGCGCUACCUGUCACUGCCGGUCGGCCUGCAGCACGUGCAGUCGGCGCACCCGCAGUUCAGCUCGGCGCGCGCCGGCCUGGUGCGCGUGUGCCGCGUCAUCCGGCAGUCGGCCGACCCGGCGGCCGUCUCCACGCGCUCCUCCAGCGGCGCCGUCACCCCCGCCGACCGGGAGAGGCCGGCCGCCGCGCGCGACGACGACCGAGAGACGGACGGAGACGCCGCCGGAGACGGCGACGAGCGCAUGCUCUUCAACAAGGCCAACCUGCUGAAGCGUCUCUCCGGCGGCAGCGAGCGCUGUGUGCUGUGCAAGAAGGUGUUCACCGGCCACCUACAGGCGUGCGGUCACCUCCGGCUGCACGACCAGCGCGAGAUCGAGGCCUACCUCGGACAGAAAGUCCGGCUCAUCCGCAAGCGCCGGCCGGCGGACGAACAGCUCGAGCCGGAGGAGUACGAACUGGAGGGACCGGCCGGCGCCUCACCGCCGGACGGUCCGGAGCUGGAGUCGGACGCAGACGCAGAGUCGGUCACCGAGUCUCCGGCGGACACCCCCACCGAGCCGCCGACCAGUGUGGCCGCGCUGCACGCCGUGGACGGCCUGGUGGGGGUGCCGGCGGCCAUCGGCCCGCGGUCGGACGGAGAGCCAGAGGAAGCCGAUGCCGUCAGCGGGGAGGAAGCAGAGGACACCGAGCCUGCUGAGCCGGCAGAGGAGGAAGAACCAGAGGAGGAGCCGGAGGAAGAGGACGAUAACGAGGACGAGGACAUGGAUACGGGUGCGGACGGAGAGACGGCCAGUGUAGACACGGACAUUGAGUCCGGCGCCAGGCUGCUCGUGUCGUGUAAGCUCUGGAGUCCGGGGAAGCGACGCCGCGCUGAGGCUGCCAAGGAGGAGCCGGACGAGGAACCAGAGGACGAGGAGGAGGAAGAAGAGGACGAGAACACGGAGCAGGACGACGCGCCUCUGAAGCAGGAGCUGGACGGCGAGACGGUGAACAAGUGGGAGGUGAUCAGGAGGAAGGGCUCGCGGCUCCGCUGCGGCGUCUGCAACAAGACGUUCGUGCGCAACAGCUACGCCGAGAUCCACCUGCGCACCGAGCACACGUUCGAGGAGAUUCGGGAGUUCGUCAAGAACUGGCCCAUGAAGGGUGCCCGCGUGCCCCCGGACACGGAGGAUCUGGACUCCGACGAGGAGGAGGAGCAGAGUGACGAUGAAGAGCCUGAUGAUGGACCUCCUAAGCUGCACCCGGAAGUGGAGCCGAAACCGAACACUCGGCAGGAGGUCGAGCAGAAGGGCGCCAAGCGGGCUGCCGAGAGCCCGGCGGCGGCGGCCACUGCGCCGAAGGCUGUGAAGCGGGAGCAGACGGUACUCAACGUGCCUCUGAUCAAGACGUCGCGCAACCUGGCGCAGGGCGCGGUCGGUCCGAUCGGGCCCAACACCCGGGUCCUUAAGAUCUCGCGCUCCGACCUGCUGUCCAAGCGCCAGGACGGCUCGCGCUUCUGUCUGGUCUGUAACCGUCGGUUCGAGUCGCACCCGGAGGCCUGCGAGCACAUGCGCCAGCACUCGGACGCUGAUAUACGCAACUUCAUCAAGACGCGCGGCCGCGAGUUCCUGCCGGCGUUCGAGCGGCGGCAGAGGCAGAAGGAGCGCCGUGUCUCGGAGGGUGCGGCUGGGACGGGCCCGGCGCCCGUCACCCCCACUUCGGCGGCCGGCGCACCGGUGAGAUCUCUGUCACUGGGGGCCGCCGACAAGGCCAGUCCGCCAUCGGACGCUGCCAAUGUUACAGUAGAGUCUUCCAAACCGGCGGCAGAGGCAACGCCGCCCGCACAGGACGCAAAGAAAUCCGCAGAGUCGGUUCCUAAGCCUGCUCCGAAGUCGCCCGCUCAGAAGUCCGAGGCGCCUCAGUUCCACCGCGAUGAGGCGGUGACCGAGUUCGAGCUGUUUGACAAGGCGCAGCUGCUGAAGCGGCAGAAGGACGGCACCAAGUGUCUGCUGUGUACGCGCGUGUUUGCCAAGCACUCAUCGGCCUGCGGGCACCUGUCGCACCACGGUGCCGCGGAGGUGCAGGCCUGGCGCACGCGACUGCGGCUCAAAGCCUCAGCGCUGCUGCAGACCCUGUCCCGCCGGCCGCGCGCCUACAGCGGCAGUGAGACGGAGAGGGGAGGAAACUCAGCGGCCGGGGGACCGGAGUCCCAGGAGGCGGUCAUGGAGACCGACUCACCGGCCGGUGAUGAACCGGCGGACGAGACCGACGCCAAAGAGGAAACUGCACAGCCGCGGGCUAAGAAAGCGAAAGGAGACAGCUCUCCUACCAAGGCAACCAAAGCCAAUGAAGUCGCCGCUGUGCGGUCGACUAGAAGGAAGGACUCCGCUCCGGUUAAAGUGACUCGGGCUAGCAGCAAUGCCGCCGAGAAGGAAUCCAGUAAGGACGAACCGGCGACGGCACAAACAGUCAAAUCUAGGACCGCGUCACUCACCUCUGGUGACGGUGAGUCGGAGACGAAGGCUGUCCCGGUGACCCACGGCGCUCGGGGGACGGGGCGGUAUGUGGCCGAUUCUCAGAAAGGGACGACUAAACAGGCACGGCGCACUGAGUUGGCAUCCAGCCCUGUCGGUAAAGGCACCGCCGAGCCGCCAGCAAAGACUGCCAGCGCCACUUCGCAGGAUGGUAAGAAAUCUUCUAACGGCCCACCAAAAUCCACACCGAACCAACCUGCCACAGAGCAACCCACGGAGAAAUCCCCAGCCAAGACGCCAGCAAAGUCAGCGCCUCCCGUCUCAGCCGUCGCCAUUCCCAUCAAGCCGGUGGUGCUGUCGUCGACGGUGGCGGCGGCGCUGGCGGGCGCCGCGUCGGUGACGGUCUCCGUGGCGAGCUCGGGCGCGGUGACCGUGGUCUCUGCCGCCGGGCUGACCCGGCCGGCCGGCGGCGCCGCGCCGGUGCGUGCCGCGCAGCUGGUGAAGCUGCCGCAGGCCGUGAAACUGGCGCUGCUCCAGUCGGCCGACGGCACGAUCCAGACCUCCGGCGGACGCACCAUCAUGCGGCUGGCGCCCGGAGUGAAACUGCCCAUCACUGCCGCUGACCUGCCGCGAGUACUCCGGCCGAUCGCGCCGAAAGGCACCGAGGCGGGGACGGGGGCGGGGGCGGUGCUGCAGCCGCCCACCCCGGGCGCCGUCACCAGCCCGGGCGGCCCGGCGCGGCCGCGGCCGCCGCCGCUGCUGCGCGCGCCGCUGCUGCAGGCCAUGCCUCGCCCCGGCGGCGGCAGCGUCACGGUUCACGUUCCGUCACUGAAGACGACCACAUCCGUGCCGGCCGGUGUGGUCACUGCAGUGAUACAGGCCGGGGCGCGACCGGCCGGCGCCGCGGACGGCGGAGUGAAGCCGGCUAUCAAAAUUGAGGGCAAAAGCGGUGGCCAAGAAAAUAAAAUUGAUGCAGAGGCUAAAGGUGUGAGUGGUGAGAAAGCAAAAGUGAAAGCGUAUGGUAAGACGCCGAUUAAAGUGACGACAAACACCGAAUCGGCUGCUGAGAUUAAAAACGAACAAGGGACUGUCUCAGAAGGCGUAGACUUAGCGAAGCGGCCUGCUGAGACGAAAGGUAGCGCCACCAAAACUCCCGCGGCGGCGGCCCAUGCGAAGACGGACGAUAAGUCUGAACAGGUCGCCAGGGGCAGUCAGCGGAGAGCGGCGGCCGCGGAGAAGUCGUCGGAUCGUCCUGCUCCCACCACGGUCACCGUCCUCCCGGGCACCAAACCGACGGUGCUCACCAAACGGGCUUUCAUUCCGGAGACGGCCGGCAAGUCGUCCACCCGCUGCAGCUGGACCCCGGAGCCGGGCGGCAAGGCCUCCCCCCGCGCUCCGGUCGCCGAGCCGGCACCCAAGAGCUCGCCGGUUGUCCCGCCGGCCGGCGAGGUGCCCCAGACGCGCGCGCGAGCCGAGGCGGCGGUGGCGGCGCGUGUGAGACAGACGCGGCGCCGGAGCAGCAGUGCCUCGGCGCUCGAUAGAAAGUGAUACCGGCCGCGCCGCCGCCGCCACUGGGCCGGGCGGAGCGGCGGCGGGACCGGGCGGGCUCUCUUCAGAUGCUUCCGAUUCAUCGAGAGAUGAUAAAUUAACUGAGGAUGAUGUGUGGGAGUCCCCGUCAGCCGCCACCCGUCUCAGAACAGCGAGCGGCGGUAAUAAAACGGGAUCCCUUAGUCGAAUCAAUACAUCUAGGUAUAUGUGCGUACAACGGUCGCGAGAGUAUUGUUUGCUUGUUUGUACCUGUUUGUAUGUGUGUUUAUGUGUGUGUGUGUGCUUGUGUGUAAAGAUAGCCCGGACUAGCCGUUUGAAUGUUGUUCUGUGGGUCUUGGAUAUCCGAUUGAUGCCCUCUAGAUAGCCUCCACUGGUCUCCAUCAAUUGUUACAUGCAAUGACUAUGUGCCCGCCAAUUGGAUAUCCUCAUAAUGCAUUGUCACGCCCGUACACGUAUUUAUGACAUCUUGUUUAACACGCUUAAAUACACUUUUACAAGCGGA